GAUCACCAAGAAAGAGUGCGCCAUGUUUUAUUUUUUGACAAAAAGAUGGAAAUGACAGAACUUUGUUUACGUCUUCUGAUUUACCAUUUCCCUUCGUCAUAAGAUGUCAUAAUGUUUCCCAUAGCACCAGGUAUAACCAGCUUAGUCACCCAGCAACUGAAUGUGGCAAACAAUGGUAUGUGUGGUGUCCACCCGCCAAAUGGACUUCUGUCUGCAGACAUACGGUCCACCCCGCUUUCCUUUGGUCCGUUCACCACAGUCCCUCCACCUGAACUGACAUAUGAGGCACCACCCCACCCUGCUGACCAGCCACCCCCAACCCCAAUACCACCAUCCAAUGGAAAUGCAGGAGAAUUUGUCUGUCCCCUCAGGCCAGACCAUGGACGGGAGGGAAAGCCUAUUGCUCUCCGAGCAAAUCAUUUCCAUGUCAACAUCCCUAAGGGGUUCAUCCACCACUACAACAUUGCAAUUGUACCUGAGAAAUGUCCCAGGAGGGUCAACAGAGAGAUAGUAGAGACAAUGGUGAAUGCCUACACACCCAGAAUUUUCUCAGGACAAAAGCCUGUUUUUGAUGGCAGAGAGAAAAUGUACAGCCGGGAACCACUCCCGUUUGGCAAAGACAAGGUGGAACUUGAGGUCACUCUGCCAGGAGAGGGGCGUGACCGCGUGUUCAAGGUUGCCAUUAAGUGGGUAUCACAGAUAAGUCUGUACGCCCUGGAGGAGGCCUUAGAGGGACGCGCACGGAGAAUCCCCGAGUGUGCGGUGGAAGCCCUCGAUGUCAUCAUGAGACACCUACCCAGCAUGAUGUACACCCCUGUUGGGCGGUCCUUUUUCUCACCCCCAGAGGACUAUGACUACCCACUAGGAGGGGGUCGGGAGGUCUGGUUUGGCUUCCAUCAGAGUGUUCGUCCCUCCCACUGGAAAAUGAUGCUGAAUAUUGAUGUGUCAGCGACAGCUUUUUAUAAAGCCCAGCCAGUCAUAGACUUCAUGUGUGAGAUUUUGGAGCUGAAGGAUGCCAACGAACAGAGGCGACCUCUGACAGAUUCACAAAGAGUUAAAUUCACCAAGGAAAUUAGAAAUUUGAAGGUAGAGAUCACACACUGUGGAACCAUGAGGAGAAAAUACCGUGUGUGUAAUGUUACCCGCCGUCCUGCUCAAACUCAGUCAUUUCCGCUCCAGCUCGACUCGGGACAGACGGUUGAUUGUACGGUAGCCAGGUACUUUCUGGAGCGGUACAAGAUGAAAUUGCUGCAUCCCCACUUGCCAUGUCUACAAGUUGGACAAGAACAUAAGCACACAUAUCUUCCUUUAGAGGUUUGUAAUGUUGUUGGAGGUCAAAGAUGUAUAAAGAAAUUGACAGAUCUUCAAACAUCCACCAUGAUCAGGGCAACAGCAAAGAAUGCUCCUGACAGAGAAAAAGAAAUCAAUAAUUUGGUUAAAAAAGCAAAUUACAAUGCUGAUCCCCACCUGAGGACGUUCGGAAUCACGGUCAACCCCCAAAUGAUGGACCUACACGGUCGCGUUCUGUCUCAUCCCAAGCUACAAUAUGGAGGCGCGGUUAGUGCAGGACGGGAGUCUGAUAAAGAGACUAAAGCCCAAGCUCUGCCAAACCAGGGGGUAUGGGAUAUGAGGGGGAAGCAGUUCUACUUCGGGAUUGAGGUGCGAGUGUGGGCCAUUGCAUGCUUUGCCCCUCAGAGGAGUGUUAGGGAAGAUGCACUGAGAAAUUUUACCCAGCAGUUACAGAAAAUUUCUACAGAUGCAGGAAUGCCCAUUUUGGGCCAGCCCUGUUUCUGCAAAUAUGCCACUGGGCCAGACCAAGUGGAACCAAUGUUUCGUUACCUGAAGAACACAUAUGCUGGGCUACAGCUCAUUGUGGUGGUUCUACCAGGCAGAACACCAGUUUACGCUGAGGUUAAGCGAGUAGGAGACAUCUUGUUUGGCUUAGCUACACAGUGCGUGCAGUCCAAAAAUGUAAACAAAACGUCUCCCCAGACGCUCUCCAACCUCUGCCUGAAAAUUAACGUCAAGUUAGGCGGCAUCAACAAUAUCCUACUGCCAAGUUCCAGACCCCUGGUGUUUCGAGAACCAGUGAUUUUCCUCGGAGCAGACGUGACUCAUCCCCCUGCUGGAGACACAAGCAAACCUUCCAUAGCAGCUGUGGUAGGUAGUAUGGAUGCCCACCCCAGUCGUUACUCUGCAACUGUCAGGGUCCAGGAACACCGUAAGGAGGUGAUCGAGGAGUUCUGCUCAAUGGUCCGUGAACUUCUCAUCUCCUUCUACAAGUCCACACAAUUCAAGCCAACCCGCAUCAUCAUUUACAGGGAUGGCGUCAGCGAAGGGCAGUUUCAAAAGGUACUUGCACAUGAGCUGAGAGCAGUAAGGGAGGCUUGUAUGAAGCUGGAGAUAGGUUACCAGCCCGGGAUAACCUUCAUUGCUGUCCAGAAACGGCACCACACCAGACUCUUUUGUGCCGAUAGGAAGGACCAGAUAGGGCGCAGUGGGAACAUCCCAGCAGGAACCACAGUGGAUGUUGGGAUCACACACCCCACAGAAUUCGACUUUUACCUAUGCAGUCACGCUGGAAUACAGGGCACAAGUCGACCGUCUCAUUACCAUGUGUUGUGGGAUGACAAUUGUUUUAAGGCGGAUGAGCUUCAACAAUUGACAUAUCAGCUCUGUCACACGUAUGUACGCUGUACACGCAGCGUGUCGAUUCCCGCUCCAGCCUACUAUGCUCACCUGGUGGCAUUCCGAGCACGAUAUCAUUUGGUGGAAAAAGAGCACGACAGUGGGGAAGGAAGUCGGCACUCGGAUGAAAUGGAACGGAACCCCUCAGCCAUGGCACGAGCAAUCACGGUUCACCCGGACACCGUCAAAGUCAUGUACUUUGCCUAGGUCUGUGGUUACCAAGCAACAGAGAAAACUUUGUUGACACCUUCCCAGUGUAGUACUCUACAGAACCAGUUCAAACAAGAACCAGUUCAGACAAACCUUGGAUAAUGUGCUCCAGUCGAGUCUAGUCAUUGGCCACCAGUUUACCAACAACUUGUAGAGUUUUCUCCGAGUCUUGUACAUUUCUUUUCCAUUUAAAACCUGUAUUUCAGUAAUAAUUUCACAUACCAAUUGGUUAUUUAUUAUUUUGAGAUUCAAAAUACAUGCACAUGUAUAUAGUUACUGGUUGCAGAAUAUUUUCUUGGUAUGGUAAAUUUAGUACUCGCUCUCAACCUUGAGGAAUCAAACAGUUUUUACUGAUUUCAUAUUACUUUAUGUUUUGUACAUGUGAACACAAAAGUGCAUGCAUGCAAUGUGUGUUGAAUUUUCACUAUCUCUUGUCUGUUUUGACACUAAAUAUAUUGAUGCUGUAAAUGUUACUCUCUGAACAACACGUACAUGAGACUGAGAGAUCAACAGAUGGUAGAUCAGGUGAUUUAUUUGAUUAAAAUGUGAUGCAUGUAUUUGCAAUAAGGAUGGGUUUACUUUUUGUACAUUGCAUGUCACAAAGAGGUGAUGGGUCUAUUCAGUUUUUAUAAUGGUGUAGUGUAGAUUUAUUGUUUAUUAUUUUUUACUGAAAAGUUUGGUGGUGUAAAUUGAUUUGUAAGAUAAUUUUGGAGAAAGUCUGUUUUUCUUCUUGUUAAAGGAAUCUCAUGUUAAUGUUGAAGCACCAAAACCAACAUUUGAUCAUGUUUGAAAUAUGGAAAAGAAAAUGAAUUAUGUUUGAUUAAAUCAAUAUUGAAAAUGACAUAUUUAUAUGAAGUUAAAAAGCAUUCUAUUUUUUUAAAACCAUUUCUUAUAUGACGUACUUUGCCGUACUAACAAGGAAGAUUUUGUACUUCAUAUCAUGUUUUUUUUUUUCAUGUUAGUAUUGUAUACAGAAGCCGGGAAAAUUGUUAUUUUGUUUGCUAUAUGGCAUUUCAUGGCUUUCUAUGUGGAGAGUCCUAAUCCCACACAAAACUUGUCCCAUGGUAGACUUUGAUUUGUUCAUACACUAGACUUGUUAUAUAUAUAUCACAGAUUCACUUGUACAUGUAUGUAUCUGGGAAUAUUCUGUAGGUUUCCACUGACCAUCUGACCUAUAUGUAUACUAUAUACUGUUUUUGUCAAUACUCCAUAACAAUAAUUGACCAAAAUAGGGACUGCAGCAAACAGUGAAAAGGUGGGGUUUUUUAAAAUUGAAAAUACAAUUAACAUUAUUGAUGUUCAGAUAAAAAGCCUUAUUUAGUCAACCAACAUUUUCUUUUACUCCUUUUUUUCUUCCCAUCUAUGGCCAGUAAAAUGAGUGUGUUAGGACAACAUUUCAUAGUUUAUAAAGUUUUCUAUUUUUGUCGAAAAGUUGUUAUGGAGUAACCUAUUUUUUAUUGACCCAUUUAGCAAUGAAAAGGCUGUGGAAAAAUUUUAUGAUAUACUGUAUUAUAAUGUACGUGUCUGUAGUCAGUUUGUUCUCUCUAUAUAUAUAUAUACAUGUGUGUUUACUUUCACUUUUUUGUUAGGAACAAUAUGUGUUACAGAAAAAAAAUUGCAGAAAUACUGUACUCUGGUGCAGAUAUGCAUGUUUUAAAGAGUAAUGAUAUGUAGUGAUAUAAUAUAAUAUGUUAAGAGUGUUGACCAAUGGCUGUAAAUGUGGAAACUUUUGCGAUUCAGAAAAAUGGCUGCUUAGCAUAUCAUAGCUACUGCAAAGAUAUAACUCUUCCCUGUGAAACAAUCACAGAUAUUAUUUAUUACGAUAUAUACAGCUCGACGCUCAAUUUUGAAAUUAUACAAAUUCAUGCAAACUAUAAAAACUAUGCAGGUUUGUUACGACGAUACAAGGACUUUUAUUUAUUUCAUAAACAGUUUUUCAAGAAUUUUCCACAUUUGCAGCUUUUAGCAAUAGAUGCUUAUUGCAUGAUUUCUUAGAUCUUAUAAUACGAUAGUUUAUGACAACAAAAUUUGGUUUGAAAGUUCAUUAACAAUAUGGGCAGCUAAUGGUCAGAUAAUGAUUUAAGUACUUACAUAUAUUUUGGAGGCAAAGUAUGUUUCAUGAUUUGUCUCAGCACAGACAUUCGGUAUGAAGCAAAUCACUCUAUGAGCAAGACAUAGGCUAAUGUACAAAAAUAGGCUUAGAAUAGAGGUUGAAAGCAGUAAAACAUGGUUAUAGUGAACCUUUAGGGCCAGUGAAAAACAAUAACCAAAUUUUAUUACAGCCAAUACAAUGUUUGUUAUAUUCCUCUCAUAGGAGAAUACAUAUCACUUCUCUAUAAGCAUGAAUUCGUUAUAAGCAUGAAUUCGUUAUAAGUGUGAAUACGUUAUAAGCGUGAAUUCAUUAAAUGCCUGAAUUCUUUAUAAGCAUGAAUUCAUCAUGAACCUGAAUUCGUUAUAAGCCUAUUCGUUAUAAGCCUGAAUUCAUUAUAAGCCUGUAUUCAUUAUAAGUGUGAAUUUGUUAUAAGCGUGAAUUCGUUAUAAGCAUGUUUUACUGUACAUGUGUUUCAGGCUGUCAUACCUUGCAUAUAUACACAAAGCUCCAACUUCUAAUAGCUAUAGAAGAUCAAUAUAAAAGAUCAGUUGUACAUUACUAUCUUGGCAUUAAAGUACAACUAUGUUUUAAAGGUGCUGGGAUGAAUUAUGAAUGAUAUACAUUUAGUUUGUCAUUUGUAGAACAUUCUUCAGUAGCAACUUUAAAGUCGUGGAAUAGACCAUAAAUUUUUUUUAACCUUUACAAAAGCAUAAGUCAACUUUAUUCAUAUCCUUUAUAUAUAAAUAUGUUGUCAUUUAUCUGUUAAAUAUUUGUUUUUUAUCUGUUAUAAUUGUAGGUUUACAGCUUAAAUCUAACAAAAUAAACUAUUUGUCUUCAGUA